AUGGCGGCCACCGAACGCCCCGUCGUCCUCCCAGGCGAGACGAUCGACCCUUCUCUGAUCCCUUCCGACCCCAAGAAGGCCCUCCGCCUGGGCCCAGGGCUUCGACACAUCCCUCCCACCGACAUCGUCCCGACAGUGGCCGGACAACUCAUGACCAACCCAGUCAAGAACUCCAUGUGGAUUGAGUACAACUCCAACCGCUACAUCCCCGCCCCCAACGACAUCGUGCUCGCCCAGGUCCUCCGCUCGACGACCGACUUCUACCUCUGCACCCUCUCCCCGCACACGGCGCCGGCGACGCUGCCGCACCUGGCCUUCGAGUCGGCGACCAAGAAGACGCGGCCGGUGCUGGCGCCCGGCCAGCUCGUCUACGCGCGCGUGACGGUCGCCAACAAGCACAUGGACCCGGAGCUCGAGUGCGUCAACUCGUCGACGGGCAAGGCGGAGGGGCUCGGCCCCGUCACGGGGCCCGGGUGCGUCUUCGACGUCAGCCUCGGCUUCGCGCGGCGCCUGCUGAUGGCGCGGAGCCGGGAGGACGGCGGGAUCGCCGUCCUCGAGAUGCUGGGCGGGGAGGAGGGCGGCGGGCUGGCGUUCGAGACGGCGGUGGGCAGGAACGGCAAGGUCUGGGUGGGCAGCGAGAGCGCGCGGACGGUGGUGCUGGUGGGGAGGGCGCUGCAGGAGACGGAUCGCGCGCGGCUGGGCAUCGAAGGGCAGCGCAGGCUGGUCAAGAAGUUGGUUAGGGAGAUGAGGUGA